AUGAUAUCUCAAGGUAGCAAUUAUGUCAUAUGGCGUUUUGUUUUGACCAUUGCGGUUGUUAUAUUUUUCAUUCCAAAACUUAGUUCUGCCAAAAAAUCCAAAUUAAUUGGUUUGAAUAUGAACAUGAUUGAUCGUUGUUGGAGGCUAAAUCCUGAAUGGAGGAGACAAAGACAACAAAUAGCGACUUGUUCUAUAGGUUAUGUUGGAAAGAUGACAAACAACAUUGGUAAAGACCUCAUACAAUAUGAAGUUACUGACCCAAAUGAUGAUCCUAUAAACCCUAAAAUAGGUACAUUGAGAUACGGAGCCUCUGUAAUUCAAGGUAAAGUAUGGAUCACAUUUCAAAAAGACAUGAACAUUAAACUUAUCAAACCACUUCUCGUUAGUAGUUUCACUACCAUUGAUGGUCGCGGUGUCAAUGUCCACGUUGCUAAUAAUGCAUGUUUGAUGAUAUUCAAGACCACCAACAUAAUCAUACAUAGCAUUCGAAUUCAUCACUGUAAAGCUCAAACUUCGGGGAUGGUGAUGGGGCCUAAUGGAAAGGUAAUUCAUUUAGGUCCAGUAGAUGGAGAUGCAAUAAGAUUGGUCACUGCUUCAAAAAUUUGGAUUGAUCAUAAUACACUUAAUGAUUGUGAAGAUGGUCUUCUUGAUGUAACUCGGGGUUCUAGUAAUGUGACUAUAUCCAACAAUUGGUUUAGAGAACAAGAUAAGGUUAUGCUUCUUGGUCAUGAUGAUGGAUAUGUGAGAGACAAAAACAUGAAAGUUACUGUUGUGUACAAUCAUUUUGGACCUAAUUGCAACCAAAGAAUGCCUAGGAUUCGCCAUGGAUAUGCACAUGUAGCCAACAAUCUUUACUUAGGAUGGAUGCAAUAUGCCAUUGGGGGAAGUAUGGGGCCUAGUCUAAAAAGUGAGUCUAACCUCUUCAUAGCACCAAAAGUUGGAAGUAAGGAGGUAACAUGGAGACAAAAUGGUCAAACAAAUGGGGACAAAUGGGAAUUUCAUUCCGUAAGAGAUUCAUUUGAAAAUGGAGCCUCUUUUGAGGUAACAAAUGGUGGACAUGUGCAAAGGCCAAAGUAUAGCAAAGAAGAAAAUUUUAAAGUUGUUGAUGUUAAAUUUGUAAGAUCAUUGACACGAUCAUCGGGCGCACUUUAA